AUGUCUGCAGACGCAGUAGCUGUUGCUCCCAUCGCCCCGGCUCCCCCAACGCAGUUUGAAUUUAUUGUUGGAGAUAGACCAGAUCAACUCAAAGCUGGGUCCAACCCAAGGCUACGGUCGCAUCUAUCCAAACGGGGCUGGCAGGUCUACUUGCUGCAGAACAACGGAGCCUCAUCCUCUGGCUCUGGUUCCGCUCCAGUUGAUGAAGCAGCUCAGCAACGCGAGGACAGGGCUAAGCGAAAGAAGCGCAAGCGACAACUGCACACUGUCACUUGGAACCUUCCGACUGCCGAAGCCUCAAACAAUGCGCUGGCCCAAUCCUUGAUGCGGACCAAUGCCGCAAGAGCCGCUCCGCAGCUGACAAUCGAGUACCAACUUGGAGGCGGACGGGUUGAUCCUUUCAGAACGUAUCCUGCACCAUGGAAGCCGUAUAUCCCCCAGUUGGUCGAUCACUACAUCGUCCACAUGGCCGUUGAUAUCCCUGAGCUUGAUGAGCCUGGUGAAAGGGGUCUUCUUCGUACCCGCUGGUUCCGUCUCGCGACAACGGAAAUAUCCACUUUCCAGGUCGUUUUGCUGUUAUCCGCGGGUAACUUUAUCACGGUCAAGGACGGCAAAGCCUCUGAAUCGGGAUUUGAAAUGGAGCAGCUUAGGAUCGAUGCUAUCCAGUCCAUCAACAUUGCCAUGGGUUCGCCACAUGCUUGCAGUGACUCCAUCAUCGGCGCAGUGGCCAAGAUGGCGAGCUUCGAAUCCAUGCACGGCAAUGAGUCGCAUUUUAGACUCCACAUGGAUGCUACCAAGAGGUUGGUCAACAUGAGAGGCGGCUUGCACAACCUAGGUCUGGGAGGACUUUUGCGACGAAUGCUCAUUUGGAUCGACUUGAACGGCGGGCAUUUGUUGAAUACGCCUCGAUGGUUCCCAGGACAAACUUUCCAGGGGGGCGUGGAGGAGAUUGUGGAACCUAAUCCAGAGCGUUUCAUUGCUGUUUAA